AUCACAAAAAUUACGUCACUCUCAGUAAAAAAAAAAUCUUCACUUUUUCACCCGCCACGGAAUUUCAGCCGUUUUGGGGGGCAUUCGUGCGUCGAGUUCUUGCGAACAACAAUCAUUGAUUGUAAAUCUAUUUGUGUAACUGUACUGUCAUAGCAACUUCAUUGAUAAUUGAUAAACAAUAAAUCAAAACGACCAGUGACAAAAGUGAGGUUAGUGUAAUUCCGUGAAACAAACGAGACAUCAACAGAAUGAGUGGAGUGAAAGUGUUUUUCGGCCUGUUGGCAGUCCGAAUAUUGUCCGUUUUUAUCGUUCAGAGUUGGUAUGUACCGGAUGAAUAUUGGCAGAGUUUGGAGGUAUCGCAUAAACUGGUAUUUGGAUACGGCCAUUUGACGUGGGAGUGGUCAAAGGGAAUUCGCAGUUACAUUCAUCCAGUCAUUAUUGCUGGUAUCUACAAGGCAUUGGAGGCAUUGAGCUUGGACGAUGUUCAAUAUUUGGUGAUUGUUCCAAGAAUAUUUCAAGCCAUUUUGACUGCCUUUGCCGAUUAUCGUUUCUACAAAUGGACUGGCCAAAGUAAAUGGUCGCUGUUCAUGAUUGUUUCGUCGUGGUUCUGGUUCUAUACCGGAUCUAGAACUCUAGCGAACACAGUCGAAGCGGCACUGACAUCAAUUGCUCUCAGCUAUUUUCCGUGGGGAGGAAAAGAAUCGAGCAGUUUUCUGUGGUACGUUGCAUUGGUGUGCUUUGUACGACCAACCGCUGCUAUAACCUGGUUGCCAUUAUGUUUCCAUCAUAUCCGAUCGUCAAGUCUGUCGGUGCUGAGAAACAUUUUCCUACGAUAUCUUCCCAUCGGACUUAUCGUCGGUGGAGCAUCAGUUGCAAUCGAUUAUUUGGCUCACGGCAGUUUCAUACUGACGCCGAUUGAGUUCCUGAAGGUGAACGUUUGGCAGGAAAUCGGAAUUUUUUACGGUACUUCGCCAUGGUAUUGGUAUUUGGUGGCUGGCCUUCCCACAGUUCUUGGACUAACAACUUUACCGUUUUUGCUGGCUACAAUCGACACAUUGCUAAAUCGUUCGACGUUUCCGCAACGCUUGGUUUUGUUGUGGUCCAUAGUGUUCACUCUGGCCAUUUACAGCUUGCUGCCGCACAAGGAAUUCCGUUUCAUUUUACCAAUAUUACCAAUGUGUCUGUACAUCACAUCCGACUACUUGUCCCGAUGGAGUCGUAAAGCCAACGAUGUGCUCAUCUGGAUCGUUUCGCUGGCACUAUUAAUUGCUAAUGUUGCACCAGCUGCGUAUUUAAGUAUUGUCCAUCAAAAGGGAACGGUGGACGUGAUGCCACACCUGGCCAAAAUUGCAAAAGAGUACAAAGACGAGGACGGUCAUCGUGCCAAAUUGCUAUUCUUAAUGCCAUGCCAUUCGACACCGUACUUCAGCCACAUCCACCAGAAUGUAUCAAUGCGCUUUCUGACAUGCGAGCCGAAUUUCAGCCAGCAGGACAAUUACGUUGACGAAGCCGAUCAUUUCUACAAAGAUCCGUUGGCAUGGUAUCGCUUCCAUAUCCCAGUUUAUCCGAGAACGGCAAUGCCCACCCAUUUGGUGAUGUUCGACAAUUUGGUGGAGAAAUUACCGGAAAUUCUGGUUGACUACCAACAAAUUCAUGCUGUACCUCAUGCGGAUUACCCCCUCACCGAACGUAUUGGCAACAAAGUGUUGGUGUAUGAGCGCGUGAAUCCGAACAAGCAACGGAAUGACGAGAUUAUCGGCUCCGGUGAUCGUCCGGCAACAUCGACGCAACAGGCACGAAAGUCACAAGGUCAGCAGAAGAAGAAACAAACAUAGAAAAUUUCUUGUCAGAUUCAUCAAAGUGGUUCGUCAUCACAGGUUUGUUGUAUCGUCGUAAAGUUAUUCAUAGUUUAGAUGGGGUGCCUUAAGUAGGCGCACUGCCUACAAUAGUAGUUUAAGUAUAUAGCUCUCGUUACAAUCGUAAAAUUGUAAAAAAAAAAAUGUUUUUCUUCUCGGUUUGAUUCGAGCGUUUCUUUGACAAUUUCUGUUCUGCUUAGAAUAUGUUAAAAAUUACAGCCGAUGUAAUCAUCGAAAUUGUGCUGCUGAUUAAACAUUAAGUUUCACUGUU